CUAAAAAUUAAUUCAAUUCCUCACAGAGGGUUUCCGCCUCCUCCCUCCAUACAUCUCUUUCUCUCUCAUCCUCCUUUUUCUAGAUCUCCUGUUUGAAACCCACCCUAACCACAACACCACUAUCCCGCUUCCCUUCAAAGGCUCCAAUACCUUGUUCUCUGUCUCCUCCGAAACUCUAAUCAAUGGAAAUCUAAGCUGUGCGAAAAUGGCAAGAACUGGAAAAAUUCUAGGUCCCGGCGCGACGAAGAAGGCUAUAUCUCGAAGAAUUAAUGUUCGUUUGCAGUUUCCGUUGGGUAUUAUUGUUUGAUUUUUGAACGUUGAGUAAUAUGCUGAACAUGUUGGUGCUUGAGCUCUCGUUUACUCCGCCGCCAUCCAUGAUUACCUUCCUGCUGAGUGCUACAUCUAACAGCAUAUUAGAUCGAGCGAUUGAUUCGGAGGAAGCUCAGCAUCAUGACUUUCUCAGGCUGGAGCAUAUUGAAGGAUAUCAUGAAUUGUCUGCAAAAACCAAGAUAUACUUCUCCACAGCUGUUGCAAAAUGGGAUGCUGAUUUUUAUGUCAAGGUGGAUGACGAUGUACAUUUAAAUUUAGGUGUUUUUGCGUCAACUCUUGCUCAUUAUCGAUCAAAACCAAGAGUGUAUAUCGGAUGUAUGAAAUCUGGACCCGUUCUGGCUGAUAAGAAUGUUAAAUACCAUGAACCAGAAUUCUGGAAGUUUGGGGAAGAUGGAAACAAGUACUUUCGCCAUGCAACUGGGCAGAUCUAUGCCAUCUCCAAAGAUUUGGCAACAUAUAUUUCUAUAAAUCAAUGGAAUCGCUUUGCUAGUGGAUGAUUUCGUGAAGGUUGGUUUUCUACUCACGAUCUGUACACCAAAACCAAUUUGAUUGACAUACUAAAUGCACUUUUCUCAUCACUUGCUACGCCUUGGCCAUGAUUGUUGGGACGUUGCUCGAUACUACACUAGAAGCAAGGGAAACACUAGAAGAUUCUGGGCAGCAACUAAUUUUUUUUUUUUGUUGGGUGUCAAGAGAAACCGUUAGAUGGAAUACAUUGUUGUAGAUAUUUCAAGCUUUUGUAUUGUAAGAUUUAUGAAGGUACUGCCUUUACGUAUUUAGUCUUAUUGAUU